AUGUACACUAAUAGGUGGCAUUGUAGUGCACUAUAUAAUAGUAAAUAAGUUGCAGAAGAGCUAAAAUAGUUUAGAUUUACAGUUAUUAAUAACAGAAAAAGCUAAAAUAUUUACGUAAAUCGAGAAAAUUUAAGAUUACAUUAUGAUAUCUCGUACAAACGGUUUCUUGACUUUUGUACGUUAUUAUUCGGCACACAUAAGACGAAGAAUAAAAUGGAAAGACGAAGCUGGUAAUCCAACAGCUGUAAAGUACGAAGGAGUUACGUACUUUCCAAGAACUCCAGAUCAUGUUGAUCCACCAUUUAAGCCUAGCAAGCUUUUAAUGGUAAAACGAGUAAAACCUUUCUGGGGUAAUCCUUGGUGGGAAAAAGAGACACUCAAAACUCUUGGUCUGGAUGAGGAGAAAAUCGGUCCAGUGAUCGAAAAUAUACCAGAGACAUGUGGUUUGCUCUGGAAGGUAAAGCACCUGGUAAAGAUCACUCCUAUAAAGUUGCCUGACAAAAUGCCAACCAUGGAUGAUUUAAAUGGCACACAUUUACAUGAAAAUGGUACAUUCUCUGUUAUACCAAAAGUAGAUCCUGUUCGUAUAGAAGCUACAGAAAAAUUUGUUAACGAUCCAAAAAAGAUGAGUCACGAUUAUAUACAAGAAAAAUUAAGACUUAAGUGGUUAGCAAGAGGUCUAUAAUAUAAAUAUUGAAUAAAUGUUGAAUUUAAUAACAAAAAUAAAAUUUGCCAAAGCAAUUAAUCUAUCAA